AUGCGCCGUAACCUGACAUGUAAGCACCGCCUUGUUGAUGUCACCUAUAGCGCGGAGAGGUGCAGUAAACGCCUCCAUCGAUUACUAACCGGAAUCGGGCAACAAUCUUCGCUUCUGUCUCUGCCUUUAUUAUCUCCCAGCCGUGGGGAAAUUCAUCGAGAGCGCAGUACCCCCAGCCGAAAGCUUCCGCGAACGAGAGGGACAGCAGAGGUAAGAAAUCGGACGGGGCCGGAGUUUGUCUGGAAGCAAAGUUUAUUUACCCGGACAUUUGCUGAAAUCGUCAUUGGAAGGCAGCGGGGUUCGGACCCACAGCGUCUCCUGCCUUUUACCGUCAGUUUUAUUUUACCUGAUGUGGAAAUCAAACCACCGAUAGGCGAGCGGCGAUGUUUUGCAGACCGAGCGUGUGCGAGCUGGGGAGGAAGCCGAUCGCGUAGCAACUGUGGUGCGGCUGAAGCAAACGAGCGGCGUUUGCACCGUGCCAUAGUUUGCAGUAACUCCGGACUGUGUUCGGAUGCAGAGAGCGUGUAUUCCGGGGCCGCUCCCGUCACCCGCCGAGGAUGCUACCGCCGGUGUCCUUCUUCAAGCGGCCAAGUCAAUUCAAUGUCAUACUGCUGCUCGCGUUUCCUGCCGAAUGCACCCGUGAAGCUUGGAGAGGUUGUUACAGAUGGCCUGGCCCUACGGAGCCCAGUGGCACUGAACCUUGUGGGCUUGCAGUGCCAGCGACUGAAUGUGUGGCCCCCCAGCCUGUCCCUAGGUGUGUUGGUAGUUAAUGCAAAUGAUCAUCUUGGGAACUUUCAGAAAGCAGUCAGGUCCUCUAGCGGAGAGAGAGCAGUCAGGUACUGUAUCGGAGAGAGCAGUCAGGUCCUCUAUCGGAGAGAGCAGUCAGGUCCUGUAUCGGAGAGAGAGAGCGGUCAGGUCCUCUAUCGGAGAGAGAGCAGUCAGGUCCUCUAUCGGAGAGAGAGCAGUCAGGUCCUGUAUCGGAGAGGGAGCAGUCAGGUCCUGUAUCGGAGAGAGAGCAGUCAGGUCCUGUAUCGGAGAGAGAGAGCAGUCAGGUCCUCUAUCGGAGAGAGAGUAGUCAGGUCCUGUAUCGGAGGGAGAGAGAGCAGUCAGGUCCUGUAUCGGAGAGAGAGAGCAGUCAGGUCCUCUAUCGGAGAGAGCAGUCAGGUCCUCUAUCGGAGAGAGAGCAGUCAGGUCCUGUAUCGGAGAGAGAGAGAGCAGUCAGGUCCUGUAUCGGAGAGAGAACAGUCAGGUCCUGUAUCGGAGAGAGAGAGCAGUCAGGUCCUGUAUCGGAGAGAGAACAGUCAGGUCCUGUAUCGGAGAGAGAGAGCAGUCAGGUCCUGUAUCGGAGAGAGAGAGCUGUCAGGUCCUGUAUCGGAGAGAGAGAGCAGUCAGGUCCUCUAUCGGAGAGAGAGAGCAGUCAGGUCCUCUGUCGGAGAGAGAGAGCAGUCAGGUCCUCAGUCGGAGAGAGAGAGCAGUCAGGUCCUCUGUCGGAGAGAGAGCAGUCAGGUCCUCUAUCGGAGAGAGAGCAGUCAGGUCCUCUAUCGGAGAGAGCAGUCAGGUCCUCUAUCGGAGAGCGAACAGUCAGGUCCUGUAUCGGAGAGAGCAGUCAGGUUCUCUAUCGGAGAGAGAGAGCAGUCAGGUUCUCUAUCGGAGACAGAGAGCAGUCAGGUCCUGUAUCGGAGAGCGAGCAGUCAGGUCCUGUAUCGGAGAGCGAGUAGUCAGGUCCUGUAUCGGAGAGAGAGAGCAGUCAGGUCCUCUGUCGGAGAGAGAGAGCAGUCAGGUCCUCUGUCGGAGAGAGAGAGCAGUCAGGUCCUCUGUCGGAGAGAGAGAGCAGUCAGGUCCUCUGUCGGAGAGAGAGAGCAGUCAGGUCCUCUAUCGGAGAGAGAGAGCAGUCAGGUCCUGUAUCGGAGAGAGAGAGUAGUCAGGUCCUGUAUCGGAGAGAGAGAGUAGUCAGGUCCUCUAUCGGAGAGAGAGCAGUCAGGUCCUGUAUCGGAAAGAGAGAGAGCAGUCAGGUCAUGUA